UCUAUUAAAAUAUUAUUUAGAAACACGAUAAGCAGUGACUACGUGUACCUUCUUAAUUUUAUUUUUUAAUUAGAGUAGAUGAACUGUGAAUUCCUUCAUAUAGAAUAUAUUUGUUAGAAUAAUGAAUCAUUCGCCCGGAGUAGUAUCAAGGAGAUCUGUUGGUUAUAAAAGUUUAAUAACGUUCACAGUACUUUUGAUUGCGUGGCUUGCCGGUUUUUCUUCACGCUUAUUCGCAGUGAUUCGAUUUGAAUCUAUUAUUCAUGAGUUCGAUCCAUGGUUUAAUUACCGCGCUACAGGGUAUAUGGUGCAACAUGGAUUUUAUAAAUUUUUGAAUUGGUUUGAUGAACGAGCCUGGUAUCCUUUGGGAAGAAUUGUUGGUGGAACGGUAUAUCCAGGACUUAUGAUAACUUCUGGUUGCAUACACUACAUUUUACACACCUUGAAUAUACCGAUACAUAUACGUGAUAUUUGCGUUUUUUUGGCACCAAUUUUUAGUGGAUUAACAUCGAUUUCAACCUAUUUGCUCACUAGUGAAUUAUGGUCCCGGGGAGCAGGGCUUUUUGCUGCAAGUUUUAUAGCUAUUGUUCCUGGUUAUAUAAGUCGUUCAGUAGCAGGCUCUUACGAUAACGAAGGAAUUGCCAUAUUUGCACUGCAAUUUACAUAUUUCUUAUGGGUACGUUCAUUGAAAACUGGAUCCGUUUUUUGGUCGGCUGGAGCAGCACUAUCUUAUUUUUACAUGGUAUCGGCAUGGGGAGGAUAUGUAUUUAUUACUAACUUAAUACCACUUCACGUAUUUGUCCUUAUUCUAAUGGGUCGGUACUCUGAGAGGAUUCUAACCAGCUAUUCGACGUUCUACAUUUUGGGACUACUAUUAUCGAUGCAAAUACCGUUUGUAGGUUUUCAACCUAUACGAACAAGUGAGCACAUGGCCGCUCUGGGAAUAUUUGUACUUUUGCUUAUUAUCGCAGUUCUUCGUCACUUACAAAGUGUAUUAUCUCGAAGUGAAUAUCGCAAAAUAUAUCUCUUUGGAGUCAUAGCGGCUGCGGUUAUAGUAUUUACUGGUGUGGUUAUUCUUACAGUAUUAGGUAUUAUUGCUCCGUGGAGUGGUCGAUUUUAUUCAUUAUGGGAUACUGGAUAUGCUAAAAUACAUAUCCCUAUUAUUGCCUCGGUAUCGGAACAUCAACCGACUACAUGGUUUUCUUUUUUCUUCGAUUUGCAUAUACUCGUUUGUUCGUUUCCAGUUGGAAUUUGGUACUGCAUAAAGAAUGUUAAUGAUGAACGUGUUUUCGUUAUACUUUAUGCCAUUAGUGCUGUAUAUUUUGCCGGUGUUAUGGUGCGUUUAAUGUUAACUCUUACUCCAGUCGUGUGUAUUCUUGCUGGGAUUGCAUUUUCCAACUUGUUUGAAGUAUUUCUCAAAGAAGACAACAAUUCAAAUACAUUUGCUCACAAAACUAUAUCUUAUGUGGACGAUCACGAUGAUAAUUCAAUGGAGAAAAAAAAUCUGUAUGACAAA